ACCAGCGCCGCGAGUGUGAGGAGGCUGCGUAUCGAUCCCGCGCUCAGCCAUUGCGGUGCACCGGGCUGCACAGCGACCCAGCCAGCGCUGGGGCCGGGCGGGCGGCCGCGGGAGCGUCUCUGGGGCUCGGGGCCGAGCGAGGGCUGCGUGCCGACUCUGUCUGACACGGAAAAUCAGCAAAAAUGGGCAAAGGUGAUCCUAAGAAGCCGAGAGGUAAAAUGUCUUCAUACGCCUUCUUUGUGCAAACCUGUCGGGAGGAGCACAAGAAGAAACAUCCAGAUGCGUCAGUGAACUUCUCAGAGUUCUCAAAAAAAUGCUCAGAACGAUGGAAGACUAUGUCUUCUAAGGAGAAAGGGAAGUUUGAAGAUAUGGCAAAGGCUGACAAGCUUCGUUAUGAAAAAGAAAUGAAAAACUAUGUACCACCUAAGGGGGAAACAAAAAAGAAGUUCAAGGAUCCAAAUGCACCGAAGAGGCCUCCUUCGGCUUUUUUCUUGUUCUGCUCUGAGUUUCGUCCAAAAAUCAAAGGAGAACAUCCUGGUCUGUCCAUUGGAGAUGUCGCAAAGAAACUGGGAGAGAUGUGGAACAACACCGCUGCAGACGAUAAACAGCCUUAUGAAAAGAAGGCUGCUAAGCUGAAGGAGAAAUAUGAAAAGGAUAUUGCUGCAUACCGGGCCAAAGGGAAGGUUGAUGGAGGCAAAAAAGUAGUUGCCAAGGCUGAGAAGAGCAAGAAGAAGAAGGAAGAGGAGGAGGAUGAGGAUGAAGAUGAAGAGGAUGAAGAUGAUGAAGAGGAGGAAGAAGAGGAGGAUGAAGAUGAUGAUGAUGAUGAAUAAGUCUCUUUUAGAGCAAUUUCUUUCUUGUCUAUAAAGCAUUUAACCCCCCUGUACACAACUCACUCCUUUUAAAGAAAAAAAAAUUGAAAUGUAAGGCUGUGUAAGAUUUGUUUUUAAACUGUACAGUGUCUCUUUUUUUGUAUAGUUAACACACUACCGAAUGUGUCUUUAGAUAGCCCUGUCCUUAGUGGUAUUUCAAUGGCCACUAACCUUGCCUGGUACAGUGUGGGGGUUGUAAAUUGGCAUGGGAGUUAUAAAGCAGGUUCUUGUUGGUGCACAGCACAAAUUUAGUUAUAUUUGGGGAUGUAGUUCAUUUCUCAUCUUCAGUUGUCUCUGAUGCAUCAUAAAAAUAAUUGUCAUUCUGUUAACUGAAUACCACUCUGUAAUUGCAAAAAGGAAGAAAAAAAGUUGCAGCUGUUUUGUUGACAUUCUGAAUGCUUCUAAGUAAAUACAAUUUUUUUUAUUA